GAUGGUAAGGGUAGCUACCUUCUGGAAGUGGAUAGAACACGUCGUUUGUAAACCAUACCUUCGGAGAACUCACACCUAGACAAGAUGGCUGAUGUCAAGAAAAUAUGGAAUGACGUUAUCGCCAAGGACCUGCAGGGACAUGGCAUCAAGAUCUUCGUCAAGUUCUUGACCGCCUGCCCCGACCAGCAGCCCAUCUUCAAGAAGUUCGCCUCGGUUCCGGUAGGUUCUCUGGCGGGAAACAGUGACGUGGCAAAGCAAGCCAUGAACGUGAUGUCGAAACUCGGGGAAUUCAUCAACUCCUCCAACCUCGCCAAUGACACCAAGGCCCUGGCCGCGGGUCACAAGACCAUGAACAUCACUCUCACCAACUUCCAGAAAAUGUUCCCCAUCAUUGCUGACUACGCGUCCGCGAAUGCUGGUGGCGACAAGGCGUCGUGGAUGACGGCUCUCAACGCCAUCGGCAACGCCAUCGACGCCAACCAGAAGUAGAGCGUGCAACUUCAUUUAACUUCACAAGCCUGCCAACUAGACAUGGUGACGACCUUGACCUCAGGACCACAUUCACGUGCCGGUGGUGACGACACCAACUACUGUAGUUUUUAAAUUGUGCAGUUUCGAUGGAAUUUUACAAAAGAAAAAAACAAAACAAAGAAACAAUGACAUUAGAUUAACAACAUCAAUGUUCUAAACAUUCUUCAUAAAGAGUCAUUCGAUUAAAUGUGACUGUUAGUAAUGAAAACCUAUGACGAUCGUAAAUGUGUUUUUUGUUUUUGAUUUAUUUUUUUGUGUAUUUUUCUUUAUAAAAAUAUAAAUCAAGUUUUUAUUUGUAAAACAAUAAAUGUCAAAAAGUUGUUUGAAAAAUAUAUACCUAUUACUAGUCAGUUGACAUCACUGAUUUAUUUUUUCAAUGACGUCUGUACAAUUUUUGAAACAAUAAUUUAAAAAAAAGAAAAGAAAAGAAAAGAAAAACAACAGUAAAAAAUUCUAAAAUUAUUUCUAUACGGUCUGGCUGUUAUUGGCGACAUAGUUUACGUUGGAUUCUUGAAUUUCUAGCCGACCUUCGAAAGGAGUGGAGGACGAAACAUAACUGGUGCCAAACGAUACCGCCGUUCACCACCGACACCGACGUGUUCACAAGACGAUAUAACUUCCCCAUUCUAACAUGAUUUCAAUAUAUUGUUAACUCGUUUGCUUUUUACAAUAAACAUUUUAAAGAAA